GCUGACAGUCUUGGUUUUCGAAAUUUACCAAAAAAAAGAAAGAAAAAAAAUUAAUCCAAACUUUGUCAUCAAAAUCUCUUCAUUCACCUGGUGCUUGACAGCUUUCAAAUAAAAAUGGCCGACGAUUUAAUUGACUAUGAAGAAGAGGAUGAGUCCAUGCAAACCGAUGCCCCCUCUGCAGAACAACCUACUGGUAACGGACAAGAAUUAUCCGAGGACAAUACGAAAGAUAAGAAGGGAAGUUACGUUGGUAUUCACUCAACCGGCUUCAGGGAUUUCUUGUUGAAGCCUGAAUUGCUUAGAGCUAUUGUAGAUUGUGGGUUUGAACAUCCGUCAGAAGUGCAACAGGAGUGUAUUCCUCAGUCGAUCCUUGGUAUGGAUGUUCUUUGUCAAGCUAAAUCCGGUAUGGGAAAGACUGCCGUCUUCGUUUUAGCUACGCUUCAACAAGUAGAGCCUGCUCCAGGCGAAGUAUCAGUUAUCGUACUAUGUCAUACUCGUGAAUUGGCCUUCCAAAUUCGAAGCGAAUAUACUCGUUUCAGCAAGUACAUGCCGGAAAUAAAGACAGAUGUGUUUUACGGCGGUGUUCCUAUUAGAGAUGAUUAUAAGAAAUUUUCGAGCAAAGAGACUACGCCUCACAUUGUUGUUGGAACACCCGGAAGGAUUUUGGCUUUAGUAAACGAUGGCCAAUUGAAAGUGGGUAGUGUUAAACAUUUUGUGCUUGAUGAAUGUGACAAAAUGUUGGAUCAAUUGGAUAUGAGACGAGAUGUUCAGGCAAUUUUCCGCAAGACUCCUCAUAACAAACAAGUCAUGAUGUUUAGUGCUACACUUAGCAAAGAAAUUAGACCUGUCUGUAAGAAGUUCAUGCAAAACCCGUUAGAAAUUUAUGUUGAUGAUGAAACUAAACUCACUCUUCACGGGCUUCAACAACAUUUUAUCAAAUUGCCUGAAACCUCUAAGAAUCGCAAAUUAAAUGAUUUGCUUGAUACACUUGAAUUUAAUCAAGUAUGCAUCUUUGUUAAAUCAGUUCAACGAGCUAAUGAGUUAAAUAAACUUCUUUGCGAUUGUAACUUCCCGAGUAUUUGUAUUCACGGAGCAAUGAAACAAGAGGAGAGAAUUGCCAAAUAUAAAUCGUUUAAAGACUUCCAAAAGCGAAUAAUGGUUGCUACUGAUGUCUUUGGUCGUGGUAUUGAUAUUGAGCGUGUGAAUAUAGUUAUCAAUUAUGAUAUGCCUGAUGGUCCAGAUACAUAUUUACAUAGGGUCGGUCGUGCGGGUCGUUUCGGUACCAAAGGUCUCGCUAUUACAUUCGUAGCAAAUCAAGAAGAUGCCGAUACACUAAAUAAAGUGCAAGAACGAUUUGAAGUCAAUAUUACUGAACUACCGACUGAACUAGAGAUCAAUGACUAUAUGGCAUCGUGAAUCAGUUGAUUGCCUUUAGAUGUUUAGGAGAGUUUAUUGAUUUCAUUUAUCUACCUAAAAAUCUAUGUUUAGUUUUUAAAAUUCUUAUUUUGAUCCUUAUUAUGUAUGUAAUGUUCAUUAAAGUUGGUUUAUACAAGUAAACAUCUCUUGUAGCUUUUAUUUUAUUAAUCAACAAAUAACUUGAAUAUAGAAUCUUUUUAUUAACAG